UUAGUCGAAAUAUGGUUUUAAAACUAUGUGAACGAGACGUAUUUAUUAUUACUUACAAGUAAUGGGACGAAGAAAAAUAGAAGUUCGAAAAAUUGAAGAUAAAAACAAGUGUGUGGCCACUUUUCGUAAACGUCGUGAUGGUCUUUUUAAGAAAGCGCUUGAAUUACAUCGUCUUACCGGUGCUGAAAUUAUGCUUACAUUAAACAAGGCAGCAGCAGCAACAGGCGGCAGCAGCAGUGGCAGCGGCAGUAGUAGUAGUGGUGUGCCUAACACUUUUCAUUAUACUAAACAUUUUCAAUUUAAGGCGUGUGGAUCUCAUCUACCCCAAGGUUGUAGUGAAAGCAAUUGUUCAUCUAAAUUAAACAAUAAUAAUAAUAACAACGGCUGUAAAACAAAUCAAAAGAAUACAACACCCCAUGAUACAGUCUUCUCCUCUUCUUCCACCUGUUCAAAUAUAGACAGAUUAAAUUCCUUCCCUGCAAUUGAUUCAAUGAACUAUACAAAAGCUAAAUGCUGCAAAGCUGUCAAAUUAACUAAUGAAGAAAGAAUGGCUAAUCUACGAUAUUUAAUUGUUGAUGAAUUAUUCAAACGUGCCCUGACUCGAUUUCGUUCUCUGUCUAAAGUAUCCAGUUUAACAAAGAAGGAAUCACUCAUCAGUCCAGUUUAUAGUAAUACUAGUUGGACUAUGUUAAGUCCAUCAAGUAUUAUUCCUACUCGAAAAAUUUCCUCCUGCCAGCUUGUUAAUUCACCAGAUAAAGUGUUACAUGAAAAUAAUACUUCAUCGACAAGUAGAGCAAUUCAGACGCACACCGACUCCUCAUUGCUUGAUGAACCCGGUCAAUCGUUACAGCUAGUCUAUGCAUCCAGUGAUUUCCCUUAUUCACCGAAUACAGAUUGUCUUCAGAAAGAAUUUAACUCGAGUCCAUUGAGUCAAAUUUUAGAGUUCAUUGAUGAGAAUAUCUAUAACAAUGCUAUUACAGUGACUCCUGUUCCUCCCACUGCUGAUACCACCACAACUCCUCCUCCUGCUGCUGCUAAUACUACUACUAAUAAUGAUGAUGACAGCACACGAGAAUACUUAGAUUUAGAUGAAGUUCAACAGUCACGUUAUCACACUGGCCUACAAACACCGAAUAUUAUUUGUUAUCUAGAUGAAUCGAUCAAUUAUUAUCCAAUCAUCAAUAGUAGUAGUGGUGAUCCGGUAGACGAGAUCAACGCACACCGUGGUGAUGAACAUCCCACUCAUCGUCAUCGUUAUCAUCAUGAUAAUGAUAAUGACCUUGUGAUAGAGGAAUUAUUGUAAUUUAUGCAUAAUCUGUAUUCUUUUUUUAACCUUAGGUUUUAUCUGUUAAGCCUUAUAUAUAUACAAGCACACACACAAUAUCUAUAUAUUUCAUCAUGGCACCAUACACAUUAUAUACAUAUAUGCAUUUAUAGAGUAUAUUCACCCAUCUAUUGGUGUUGUGUUGUCUCUCUGUCCUUCUCUCCUUGUACUGCUAUCACCACUUGAUUUUGUUUGAGUUUUUGAUUUUUUUUCUAAAG